AUGGGUAACGUGUGCUCUGGCAACUUGCUCGGUGAAACGUUUGCCACCGCGGCCGCUAUUGUGGCGGUCCAGGGCAACUACGCUGCUCUCUACGACAAGAACCGGCCUGGCGUUGUCACGGGCUACGUCAUGAAUGCAUCUACGUUUUGUCUCCAGAACCGCAACAUCAACCAAAUCGCUGUCACGGCCAAGCGCGUUAAGAAGUACUUGGCACUGCGAUCGCGCACUCGAAUCUACCAAUUUAUGAUGUGA